CCGCAACCUCCACCUCGUCCUCUCUCUGGCGGAGGCCGGCGGCGUUGGCGGGGAGGGGGAAAGGUAGUUGUAGACGCCCGCCCCUGCUCAGAGAAGAUACCACAACAUUAAAUGAACAAGUACUGAACUUUUUACAGAUACCAUUUAUAAAAGGUGUAUGUGGAGCAGUGCUUCAUUUUGAAUCAAAGGAUUUUACUUUAUGAGGUAAAUGGGAGUGAACUUUUGAGCUAAACUAAUUUUGUCAUUUGCAUCAUGGUUUGUAGCUCCCCAAUUGUUACACAACUCACUAUUUGGAAAAAGUAUAUGCUAAUGUACUGAAGCAAUUAAUAAGUGAAUAUGAUCAGAUUUCUCCACCAAGUUCUCAGCCUGAUAUGGAGAAUCCCUCAUUGUCAACCUAAUGAAGCAUUCAAUGAAGACAUAUGACUCUUUUCAAGAUGAACUUGAAGAUUAUAUCAAAGUACAGAAAGCCAGAGGCUUAGAGCCAAAGACUUGUUUCAGAAAGAUGAGAGAGGACUAUUUGGAAACCUGUAGGGACAAAGAGGAGAUUGAUCACAGAUCCAGGUAUAGGAUGUUUGAUCAGAGACUCCCAUCUGGAACUAUCCAGACCAACCCAAGAUCAUGCUCUAUUUCACAAACAGUGGAAAACCGGUUACCACCAUGGCUGCCAGCUCAGGACAGCACGCUGAAAUCAGACUCACUGAGCUAUUGUCAAUUCACCAGGGAGUGUUUCUCAGAAAAAGCUGUAGUUCUUAGUCAGCAAGAAUGUAGCUGUAGCUCAUACAGUGUAGGAUCUGGAGUUUAUAAGCAGCUCUCAGAAAGUAGUAUUAGUACCCAUCAAAACAGUCAUAAACAGAUACAUCAGAAGAGAAAAAGGAAUACAGAGGGAAGCAAAGAAAAACCCAAGGAGGAAGGGCUUAAGCAUAAGGAAAAAAAAGUUUUUGAGGUAAUAGAUUUAGAUAAACACAAGAGCAACCAAAGGAACAAAACAGAGCUGGAAACAGUCAGAGUCAGUACUGGAAAACUUAAGAAUCGGAAGGAGAAAAAAAGUCGAGAUGCAUCUUCUAAGAAAGAGGAACGUAAGCAUAGGAAGGAGAAAAAGGAACAAGGCCAAGAAAGGACAGAGGAGGAAAUGCUUUGGGACCAGUCUAUCCUUGGAUUUUGAAGCUUUUGAAUUGGUCCUCCCAAAGCUCAGUUGAAAAAAAUAGUUGAGGCUAUUAGUUUUAUAAUAUUCAAAUUAUUUUCUUCAUGUGAACAGGUACUUUCACUUCUAACAGAGGCCAAGUUAACAAGAAGUAGAUGCUUACUCUCCAUCAUGGAAAUGAACAACUUACUUUCUAAAAGCAUUAUAUUUUUCUCACAUAUAAUAUAGUUUCCCCUGUUGAGAGUGGCUCUUUUAUUCAUCUAAAUUAUAUAAUGGUGAAAGUAUUUUUUCCUUUUGGAGGUCAUUUUAAUUGGAGAAUUAAUGGGCUUUUCAGAAUCUAUUUCUUGAUUGUGUUUGUUUUCAAUUUGGGUGGGGCAGUUUUAUAUUCACUAGUUUUCUCUGAAGAAAUUUAGGUUGAUUUUUUCUUUAUUAGAUCUAACUUGCAGUGUAUUUUUGAGAUUGGGAAGUGGAAAAUUAAAUACAAUAAUAAACCUAUGUUGCAAAAGUUUUAAAAUUUCAAAGUUAAUAUUCUAGAAAUCAGUUUAUAUUCUAGAAAUAUUUAUAAUAAAGUUCUAAUUUCUA